UGUGGACACAAGUGAUGAGCAUUUCAAGCAACUACAUUGCUCUUUCAUUAGUGAGGUUAGACUAGGAGCAUGGGCUUCCUAUCCCUCAUUACUGUUCUACUAUUCACAUCGCCACUUCUCUCUUCUUCACAAUAUCUUGGGAAAAACAUACUAACUAAUCGUAAGAUCUUCCCCAAACAAGAAGACAUAACCUCUUAUGCUGUCAUCUUUGAUGCUGGUAGCACCGGGAGUCGUGUUCAUGUCUUCCAUUUUGACCAGAACUUGGAUCUCCUUCACAUUGGCAAUGACCUUGAUUUUUCCAAAAAGAUCACACCCGGUUUGAGUUCAUACGUGGAUAAUCCCAAACAAGCUGCAGAAUCUCUAGUUCCACUUUUGAAGCAAGCUGAAAGUAUUGUCCCUGAGGAACUGCACCCCAAGACACCCCUUAAGCUUGGGGCAACAGCAGGUUUAAGGCUUUUGGAUGGAGAUGCUGCUGAAAAUAUAUUGCAAGCGGUUAGGGAUAUGUUCGAGAACAGAAGUACCCUGAACGUUCAACCUAAUGCAGUAGCUGUAAUUGAUGGAACCAACGAAGGUUCUUAUCUAUGGGUGGCAGUUAACUAUCUAUUAGGAAAGUUGGGAAAGAAGUUUACAAAAACGGUGGGAGUAGUUGAUCUUGGAGGUGCAUCAGUUCAAAUGGCAUAUGCUGUCUCAAGGAACACAGCUAAAACUGCUCCAGAAGCACCAGAAGGAGAGGAUCCAUACAUGAAGAAGCUUGUGCUCAAGGGAAAGAAAUAUGACCUUUAUGUUCACAGUUACUUGCACUAUGGUAACGAAGCAGCUCGUGCCGAGAUUUUCAAGGUCACUGAUGGUUCUGCUAGUCCUUGCAUUUUAGCUGGAUAUGAUGGGAUCUACACAUACUCUGGAGUGGAUUAUAAGCUCUAUGCCCCCAGUUCUGGUUCCAGCUUUGAAGAGUGCCGAGAGAUAGCUCUUGAGGCUCUCAGGGUGAAUGAGCCAUGUAGCCAUGGAAAUUGCACAUUUGGUGGGAUAUGGGAUGGUGGAAGAGGAAGUGGACAGAAAAAUCUUGUAGUUACUUCAGCUUUAUAUUAUAGGGCUUCAGAUAUUGGUUUCGCUGAUCCAAAGAAACCCAAUUCCAAAGUUCGUCCUGUGGAUUGGGAAAUUGCAGCUACACAAGCUUGUCAAGUACCAUUCGAGGAUAUCAAAUCUACUUUUCCACGUGUUCCGGAUGAAAAACUUCCUUAUUUAUGCAUUGAUCUCACAUACCACUAUACAUUGCUUGUUGAUGGAUUUGGCCUUGAUCCAGAGCAAGAGAUUACUGCGGCAAAAGGAAUUGAAUAUGAAGAUGCUGUUGUGGAAACAGCAUGGCCUCUAGGAACUGCCAUCGAAGCUAUAUCAUCUUUGCCUAAAUUUAACCGAUUAAUGUAUUUUAUUUAAGCUUCUAGAGAAGUGAGGAAUUAAUUAACAAGCUAAAGACUACCUUUAUAUGAAAAACUAAAAUAAAACUUAGACCUCUCUGUUGAAGUUAGAUGAUGGCCUCUCUUAUUUGGUUUUCAUUUUUUUAUUAUCGAGUGUUAUGUAGUUUGACCGAGUCUUAGGAGUGUUUUCUAAUUUUGGGCCUGUUUCUCUAGUGUGCUACUAGCCCACGUUCUAUAUGCUGGUGUAUGCAUGCCUAUUUAAUUGUCAAAUAUCUUCUUAUCGAAA